AUUUUCCCCCCCAACUCAUCUUGGGAAGCGAAAGUCGAACAGGAAAUUCAAAGCCGCUAACAACCAUGAGCGGCAGAGCAACUCGUAGCCGGUCCACGAAGGCCCGGGGAGGCGCCGCUGCACACGACGCCGGCAGCGGCAAAGCCGACGCAGUCUCUGAAAAGAAACUGAACGAAUCCUUCACUCAACGAAAACUCACAGACUUCCGUAGUCGGGGAGGAAAGAAGCAUACUGAGAAAAAGAAGCAGCAAACUCUGAAAAGGCCCCGGUCUGCGGAAGGUGACGAGGUACCCGAUGUGGAUCUGCUGAGUGCGGAACGGGAGAAGGAUGUGAAAGUCGCGCGGGUGGAGUUAGAGGAGUUGCCGGAAGAGAAGCCGGAGACUGAGAAAGUUGCAGCUGCGGAACCCGUCGUCGAAGUUCCUGCGAAAAUCCGAGCGCUGCUCCAGGACAAGGCCGCCGUUGUCCAAUACUUGAAAGACUUUGACUUGAACUAUGCCUAUGGUCCUUGCGUGGGACUCUCUCGGAUGGAACGGUGGGAACGCGCAAACAAACUUGAAUUGGACCCACCGAAAGACGUUUACUACAUACUUCACGCCAAGGAAGCUAAAGAUGACGUGGAAAUCCGCGAGCCCCUGUGGCAUGAUGUGCUGUAGAUGCGGCAAGGAAGGUUUCAGCACUUCCUGCGAGGAGACACGGUCAGCGGAAACCGAUUGAUACCCUGUACAGUGUAGGGUGUACGUAUACCAGUACAGCACAUGUAAACCGUUUUUGGCGUUUGGACGUAAAUGUAAUAAAUGAAAUAGUCGAGCCAUGCAAACAGA